AUGCACAUCCGUUUCUUUGCCAAACCCGACGCUUUACAGAACACUGACUUUGCAAUUAUGUACACACAAUUCAGAGAGAUUAACAACAGUGCAGGUGAGAAGUGUUGGCACAACGAGUUUGACUGCCAGGAUAACACUUGUAUUGAUAGAUCCCUUAUAUGUGACGGUUGGGACAAUUGUCUAUACCGUUAUGAUGAGGACAAGAGAACCACGUGUGCACCGGAGUGUAAGUUUAAUAAGACUGGCAUUAAUGGACUUAUUAAGGAGAAGGAAAUUCCGGCAGAAUUACUGAAUUAUGCGAUAGUCCAAGAACUACCACUUGAUUGCAUAUGGAAUAUAACUGUCCAACAUGGUUAUCAGAUCUAUUUAUACUUUACAGACUACAGGCUAAACCAACCGAACAAUUGUGAGUCCAAUUUCAUCGAGGUCUAUCACAACAAUAUGAAUAUAUCAAAGCGUGAAUACCAAUUCUGCGCGACACUAGUCGAGUCCGUGCGCUCAAAGACUAACGUAAUGCACAUCCGGUUCUUUGCCAAACACAACGCCAUACAAACCACUCGUUUUGAGAUCAUAUACACGGCCUACAGGCAGCUCAAAAACAGAGAUCAGUGUCGGCCCAACGAGUUUGACUGCGAAGACGGCACUUGUAUUGAUAGGCAGCUGGAAUGUGACGGUUGGGACAAUUGUGAAUACCGUUAUGAUGAAGAUUUGGAAACAACAUGUGCGCCUGACCAGCGAUCAUCUAUAAUGAUGUUCAUAUCGGAGCAAAUGGUGGCAAUACUAGUGGUGAUCGGUGUCCUAAUGUUGGGUGUGUUUGUGUGGAUCGCAGUAUUCUGUUGGAAGGAUAGGGUCUGA